AAGUGUUUUGAGCAACUAUUUCAAAAAAAUACAACUCAUCUGCGAAAUGUUUAUGUUAAAUAUGGUGCUUUUUCAAGUGGAUCAGGCUAUUUCAAUCAGCCACAUGUUAUUGAAGCAAGAAUGUAUGAGGAGCCAAUUUCUUGGUGGGCUAAUCAUGGUGCUUCAACACCAUUGUUGCAAGGGUUAGCAUUUAAGUUGCUGUCACAACCAGCUUCUUCAUCAUGUUGUGAGAGAAAUUGGAGCACCUAUGGUCAUAUUCAUAGCAUCAAAAGAAAUAGGUUGGCAAGUAGUAGAGCUGAAGAUUUGGUCUUUGUGCAUUGCAACAUAAGGAUGUUAUCAAGAAAGAAAAAAGAGUACAAGGAAGGGCCUUCAAAGUAUUGGGAUUUAUGUGGAGAUAGGUUUGACAUUGAUGGACCUCCAAUUGAGUUUGCAGAACUUUCCAUCAAUGAGCCUGAGUUGGAGCUUGUGACUUUUGAUGAUGUAAUGGAGGAUGUUCAGCCUGAUGAUGUUGGUCAUGGUGAAGACUUAGAUGCUUAACUUUUGGACUAGCUUCAUUUGAUCUUUUGCAUUUUCAUAUAUUGAUGUUUAUGUUUAUGUAAAAGACUAUAAUCUGUUUUCUUCUCUUUUUUUUUUUAUAAAUUUUUUGACAUUUUGUGCUAUGGUGGAGAUGAUCAGUCAACUAGGAAUAGUUGACUUGACAUACAAAACUUAUAUUUUUGUAAAUCUAAAUUUGAUCAUCUCAAUCAACUUGAAGGUAGUUUUUUUUUGUCAUAAUGUUUAUAUUUGUAUGCAAAGGAGGUUUUAUUUAUGGGACACAAUCAGAGAUAUUUGUGGGAAUUAUGUUGUGAAUCAAUGUGUUGGUAUAGUUGCUAACAGGUUUAAGGCUAAAGCAUUGAAGAGCUUAGAAGUUGGAUAUCAUUGGAUGAUCAAUCUUCCUUGUCAGUUUCAAGGAUUCAAUAUCAAUAGUUUGAUUAAGGAUUUUACUAAGGAGCUUUGGCAUCAUUCACAAUUUGAAUUUCUAAUAUGCUAUGCUGUAAUUAUAAUGAUAUAGAAUAUUAUAGGUGUGGUCAAAGUCAUACACAUUUUAAACUUGAUCAAGUAAGCAUCCAUAUCUUUUCAUUGUCUUUUUUUGCUUUAAUUUAUAUUUUAUACACAAUGACUUUUUUAUUUAUUGCCUACAAACUGAUGGUGAUAAUUAUGCAGCUAAAAUGGUGAAAGAACAUGUAAAUUGUGGGAGGUUGGAAGCACUAAUCAAUCAGGUAUGUGCCUAGGUCCUACAUUUAUUUCAUAAUAAAUUACUUUUGUUUUUCUUCUAUGUAUUUUUUUAGACUUUAACAAUCUGGUUAUUGAUCAUCAUGAUGCAUAGAUUAUGUAGUUAGUUAGUACAAUAUAAAAAUUCUACUAAUAUUUUAUGUGCCGUGUCCCCGUAUCCGUAUCUACUUUUUGGACACUUUUUAGCCGAGUCCCCGUAUCCUUAUUUUCACGAAUAGGCGAAUCUGACACCUAGACACAUACCCGUAUCCGACACCCGCACCCGCGUCCGUGUAACU